AGUGAGCUCCAGGACAGCCAGGACUGUUACACAGAGAAACCCUCUCACAAAACAAGAUAUAUAUAUAUUUUUUUUAAAAAAUAUUUAUUUUACAUCCCAACUGCCGUUUCCACUCCCUCACCUCCCAGCCCCUUCUCUACUGAGGUAUUCUUGAGCCAGUUAAAGCCUUUGAUAUCCUAGAAAAAGUCAAGCCAACUCACCUGUUCAACUCCGCACACAGAAACACCUUCUCUCCACUGGCUAAGCUCAGCCUAGAGCUCAGUAACACAUGCACUGUGGACAGAUUUGCCCAUGGCAAUCUGAGGUCUAGAAACAGAUUUCAUGGCUUUAUUCUUGUACUUCCAGCUUCAGUCCAGAGUGUCUCAGUCACUGAGGGCUCACUCAUACUUACAGAAAUGUAGGUCUUAGAGCCAAACAUGAGGAUUUGGGUCCCAUCCUUCCUCAUGCUGGUGAGUCAGCAUCUCUGAGCAAACCUCUGACUCCUGUUCCAUGCUGAUGAGAAAUGAUGUCUUUUAGGAUUCAGAACCACCAUCCGGGGCCUUCUCAGCAGAGCUGGCCACAUCUGACCAUUCUUUCCACCAAUCCUCAUGCCCCUAUGUUCUAAGCAGGCUUUUCUGGGAGUCCAGUACUCCUGAUAGCCCUGGGAAACUUCAUAGGUCCCAACCACCAGGUUAAUACUUUAGACCUAGUUAAGCCAUAUGUCCAUGGUACCCAGUGAGCAACACUUGAGAUAGGAGGUGGUUCAGAAAGCCAAUAGGAAGCCAAAGCUUGGGGAGCCACCUCCCCAAGGUGAGAGCCUCACACCUGGCUACUUGAUAAUUCCAAGGACUUUGGCCAAAGACCUCUCCUGGGUAGGUGUGGGAGUGUACAAAGACCACACAGCUGGCCUCCUCAAGCCCAAGACUUCUGCCCAAGGACAAGGAUACACAUAAAUAAAGCCAGGCAGGUCUCAACCUCAUUCAUUAUCUUCCACAAUGUUACUGCUCAGCCUAACCCUCAGCCUGGUCCUCCUUGGCUCCUCCUGGGGCUGUGGCGUUCCUGCCAUCACACCUGCAUUGAGCUCCAGCCAGAGGAUUGUCAAUGGGGAGAACGCAGUGCCAGGCUCCUGGCCCUGGCAGGUGUCUCUGCAGGAAAGCAACGGCUACCAUUUCUGUGGUGGUUCUCUCAUCAGCCCAAACUGGGUAGUCACUGCAACCCACUGCCAAGUCACUCCUGGACGACACUUUGUUGUUUUGGGAGAAUAUGACCGAUCUUCCAAUGCUGAGCCUGUGCAAGUGCUAUCCAUCUCGAAGGUCAUUUCAUACCCUAACUGGAACCCCACCAAUUUGAACAAUGAUGUGACACUCCUGAAGCUCGCCUCACCCGCCCGGUACACGUCACGAAUCUCACCAGUCUGCCUGGCUUCCUCGAAUGAGGCACUGCCUGCAGGCCUCACAUGUGUCACCACUGGCUGGGGCCGCACCAGUGGUGUGGGUAACGUGACACCAGCCCGUCUGCAGCAAGUAGUUCUACCCUUGGUCACUGUGAAUCAGUGUCGGCAGUAUUGGGGUUCAGCUAUUACUGAUUCCAUGAUCUGUGCAGGUGCCUCAGGUGCCUCUUCCUGUCAGGGUGACUCAGGAGGUCCUCUUGUCUGCCAGAAAGGAAAUACCUGGGUGCUUAUUGGUAUUGUCUCCUGGGGCACUACGAACUGCAAUGUGCAAGCACCAGCCGUAUACGCUCGGGUUAGCAAGUUCAACACCUGGAUCAACCAGGUCAUGGCCAACAACUAAACUGUCCCUGUCUCAAUCCAAUAAAGACACCAGGCUCCA